AUUGCCACCGACAACAACACGCAGUUUGACAGCUACGAUAAAAACAACAGAAAACGUGCUCCGCCGGUGAACAGACGAAGCUGAACGGUAUUUUCUUUCGCCUUGCUGUGCCUCAUCAUGACCUGUGUUGGGAAGGAAAAAGGUUGUCUCAUAUACGAGGGGAGUAACUUCCUUAAACAACGACUGCUGCUUUCCACGCUGAGCGGAAAAUCGAUCGAAGUACGCGAGAUUCGACCCCAUCACGAAACGAACCCGGGGCUGCAGGAGUACGAAACGAAUCUGCUCCAGCUGCUGGACAAGAUUACCAACGGUACGAUCACCCGUGUGGACCGGGAUGGAUGUUCGUUCGUGUAUCAGCCUGGGCUACUGUACGGUGGCGUCAUCCAUCACGAUUGUAGCACGGAACGGGGCAUCGGAUACUACCUAGACGUGCUGGUUGCGCUCGGCCCCUUCUGCAAAAAGCCCCUCGAUGUCACACUGACCGGCGUGACGAAUAGCAAAGAAAGCCCGUCGGUGGAUCACAUCAAAGCGUCCGCACUGCCGGCACUGAAGCGCUUUCUAGUUGUCGACGAAGGGCUUGAGCUGAAGGUCCUCAAACGGGGCAUAAUGCCGGGAGGCGGUGGAGAGAUCACAUUCCGCUGUCCGGUACGCAAAUCGCUCAAAGCAAUCCAGUGUACGAAGCAAACGAUGGUCAAGCGAAUCCGUGGUACGGCGUACUGCUGCAAAGUUAGUCCCGCGAUGGCAAAUCGGGCGGUGGAGCAUGCGAAAGGCGUGAUGCUAAACUUUCUGCCCGAUGUGUACAUCAACACGGACCAGCAUAAGGGGAAACGGUCGGGAAACAGCCCCGGGUAUGGCAUUAACCUGGUGGCCGAAACCACCGACGGUACCAUGUUUUCCGCGGAAGCUAUUUGCAAAACAAUGGACGAGCAACAAGGCAACCCAUCCAUACCGGAAGAUCUUGGCCGAGAGGCUGGCAUGAAGCUGUUGGACGAGGUGUUCCGAGGCGGUUGCGUUGACUCUGCAUUCCAGUGGCUCGUCGUGCUGUACAUGGCGUUGGCGCAGAAGGAUGUGUCCAAGUUUCUUAUUGGGCCGCUAUCGCAAUACACCAUCCAUUUCCUGCAGCAUUUGCGCGAGUUUUUCGCCAUCACUUUUAAGCUAGAAAAUGCAAACGGUGACCAGGAGGAUGAGACGGCGGGAAGGGAUGACGAAGAACUGUCUGGGUCUAACAAGGUGAUGCUUACGUGUGUCGGUGUAGGGUACAGUAAUUUCAGCAAGCGUGUCAACUAAUCUGGAAAGGAAAAGGCUUUGGGAGAGUUUUCCUUAUGAUACGACUGGUGGAAUAAAUUUCUUCUUUAAUUUA